CUAAUUCGCAUAUCCUGUUUCUCUGGAGACGGCGACGACUGGGAAAAGGAGCUAGCCGAGCCGUCCUGGAUCGAUGCCCGGUCCACUCGGCCUCGGGUUGAAAACAAGCACAGACAAAACCUUGUUAUAGAUGAUGGACGGGUUUGCAGGGGACAUUCUGAGUAGUGGCCGGGCUCUGCUCGGUGAGGACAGCUCGGUGAUGGCACGCAUGCAGAAGAAGUUCUGGAAGACCAAGCAGGUGUUCAUCAAAGCCACCGGCAAGAAGGAGGACGAGUAUGUGGUGGCCUCAGACGCCGACCUGGAUGCCAAGCUCGAGUUCUUCCGUUCAGUCCAGUCCACGUGCACGGAGCUACUGAAGGUGAUUGAAAGGUACCAGCAGAGGAUCACACACCUGUCCCAAGAGGAGAACGAGCUGGGCCUGUUCCUGCGUUUCCAGGCCGAACGGGACCGAACCAAGGCCUGCAACAUGAUGGAAGCCACCAGCAAGGCCCUGUGUACCUCCGCUAAGCAGAGGCUAGCGCUGUGCCAGCCGCUGCACCGCAUGCAGCAGGAGGUGGAGACGUUUCGGCGGCGUGCCAUCGCUGACACGCUCCUGACGGUGGGGCGCAUGGAGAAGGCUCGCACCGAGUACCGGGGAGCCCUGCUCUGGAUGAAGGACGUCUCCCAGGAACUGGACCCGGACACGUACAAACAGCUGGAGAAGUUCCGCAAGGUUCAAGCUCAGGUGAGAGGGACGAAGAGCCAGUUUGAGAAGCUGAAGAACGAUGUGUGUCAGAAGGUGGACAUGCUCGGAGCUAGCCGCUGUAACAUGCUCUCCCAUUCCCUCUGCACAUAUCAGACAACCCUGCUGCAGUUCUGGGAGAAGACGGCUCAUAGCAUGUCAAGGAUCCACGAGGCCUUCCAAGGCCACGUGCCCUAUCAGUUCACCACACUCAAGGACCUCAGGGACCCCCUGGAACAGGAAACAGAGAGUCAGAAACAAGAAGACAAGAAGGAAAAGGUUCUACAGAGCAACACAGAUGAUCUGGUGGCGUUGGAUGACGACAAGCCAAUUGAAGGCGCCUCUGACUCUGCCCUGAGUGAUUUUAGAAGACCGUUCAGCUCAGCGUGCCUCGACGAUGACCCCAUGCUCAUGGCCAGUGACCUGCCCCAGCCCCCGGUCCAGCUCCAAGCCCCUGCAAACCUCCCCUUCCAGCCCCAGCCUCCUACCCAGGCCCUGCACCCAGCCGAGCCCUGGGACUUAGGAGGCUUCCAGUCCAGCCUCCCUCGGCUGCCUGGUCCCGGUGGGGACCUGUUGUCUGGUGGUCAUUCAUACUGUCAGUCCUCCAUCAUCACUGCUGGAACAGGGCUGAGCCAGAUGGAGCAAGACGAGGAUAGAGAGAGGGGCGACUUUGCUUUCCUCAAAGACCUCCUGAGCCCGGGCCCUGGUGGUGGCGAUGAUUUCAGCAAGGAAUGGCAGGACGCUUUUGGGCUGUUUGACUCUCCUAACUCCAACCUCAGCAACUGUCCUGCAACCAUCGGGGCGCCUCCCAGCAGUGCUCCUGCCACCACAGCCCGGCUGCCCUCCCGGCCUCCCAGCCCGACAGGCUUCCUGCCCUCUCAGCUGCUGGAUCAUAGUCUCAGCUCCACAGGCUGGUCCACCCCACCCAUGUUUCAAGCCCCACCCUUGCAGCCCCCUCCCCCUAGCCAAACCCAAUCAGCUCAGAGGGUUCAAGGUUCAACAGCCAAUGCUGCUACAGGCGGGUCCAAGGACAUGUCUGCCUGGUUCAACCUGUUUGCAGACCUGGACCCCCUCUCCAACCCCGACGCCAUUGGACGCUCCGAGGAUGAGCUGCUCAACGCCUGAAGCCUUGUAUCUGUGUUCACACCUCAGUGUGUAUCUUUUCUUUAUUGUGUGAACAGAGGGGAAAAAGGCUCUGUUUAAGAUAUUUUUCCCCACCCUCCCAAAGUAAAUGAAGACAAAUUGAUUAACUUGUACUCACACACCUGCAGUUACGCUGUCCGGGAUGAUGUGCACAUAUCCUCCUUAUUCAUCACACACACAAACACACUGAUGGAGAACACAGUACACACUAGCACUGGAACAUCUGUUUAUAUCCACACCCGUAUACACUGAAACACACACACACGCAUCCACACACACCGAUGUUUUUGAGCCACCUGAUGUGGAAAUGUCAACACUGGAAAAAGAUGUGAAAAACUGAGCGAGAGUGUUGAACCCUCAUCCCUCGUGGCUCAGAGGGGCUCUGUGAAGCACGACAAAACGACCGUCGACACGAAAGGUCGAGCUGCUGGGUGGUGUUUGCAUAUGCACCCAUGCAGCCCCAUGGGGUGUUGUGUCCCUUACUGUUAGAAAAUACUACCAUCAGAUAUAAAGUGUGUUUGGCGUGUGGCUUGUGCAUUAGGUGUCUCUGCAUAUUACUCGUGUCUGCGUUGUGUGGGAGUAUGUCUGUUUGCGGUGUCUGACUGUGUGUACACGUUGGAAGGGAAACCUGGUAUGAUGAAGGAAUCGAUUUAAAAAUAUCCUAGUUGCUUUGUGUUGGUUUU